CUGGCCCACCCUGCCCUAUCCAUCCCCCCAUCCUCCUGUCCCAGUAAGGCGCUUUGAGCUUCGGGAGUCGUCGUAGUACAGCCUUUUAUACGCCGUCAGAUGGAAACAUGGCGACAGAGUUCCAUAACCUCCAGGAGUUGAGGCACAGUGCGUCUCUGGCCAACAAGGUGUUCAUCCAGAGAGACUACAGCGAGGGAACCACCUGCCGUUUCCAGACCAAGUUUCCAUCUGAGCUGGACAGCAGGAUUGAACGAACGCUGUUUGAGGACACGGUGAAGACGCUGAAUAACUACUACGCCGAGGCAGAGAAGAUUGGGGGCCAGUCCUACCUGGAGGGCUGUCUGGCCUGCACCACAGCCUACAUCAUCUUCCUCUGUAUGGAGACACGCUAUGAGAAGGUAUUGAAGAAGAUAGGCAGGUACAUCCAAGAGCAGAACGAGAAGAUCUACGCACCCCGAGGUCUGCUCAUCACCGACCCCAUCGAGAGAGGCAUGCGGGUGAUUGAGAUAUCCAUCUAUGAGGACCGGGCCUCCAGCGGCUCCAGCUCCGGCUCCAGCUCCACAUCCGGGACCAGCGCACGGUGACCUGGCCAGCCGGCCCCUAACCUCCGGAGCUCCACGCGGAGGCAACGCACUGUGACCGGGUACACACCAUCGCCUCUGACACCUUAACCGCUGGAGCUCUACCCCCCCACCCCCCGACCC